AUGCAAGUGGACGGUGUCUCGAUUGGCCUGAUGAUCAUGCUGCUCUCGCUCACCCUGGGCUUCGCUGAGAGCACGGCGGCAGAAGUCGAGAUCCUUCAAUCAGCGGUGACAGUGGUGUCCUCCUGCAUGGUGAUGAUCCUGGCCUUGAUGCUCCUGAUGGCCCUGGUGGCCUUGUUUCAUCGGAAGGCUCUCGGGGGUCAGAAGGAGUUCUGGCCGAUGAAUCUCUACAUGCGCCCGGAUGCGGAGGACGAUGUCUCGUCAAGCCUCCUGGAAGUGUCCGAAUCUUUUCAGAAGCUUGACUCCAAAGUGCUGGCCGCAUCCCUUUCACAGCUUGCAGUCUAUGACUUCGACGUGAUCGUGCGCUGCAUUGAUGUCCUCGCAGAUGAAGUCGCCCUGGAGGUCAGCCAAGAAGCCUACGGGCGUCACGUGUCCACCUCUCAGCGGUCCUUGAAGUCCGACAAUUCCCUCGGGCCGAAGAAAUCCGAAGCGCCGGAAGUUCCGGCGAUCGUCCAGCCCGAGAACCGGGCCUCGCACUUUGAAACGAUGCGAACUGCGGUGCUCUGA